GGACAGCCGAGACCGAGUGAAAGUCACUUUCACACGUCUCCGGGUGUCCCCCGCACGCUCGCUCGCGGAACCGACUGGCGCGACGGCGGUUCAGUAGCCAACGGACAGCGAUCAUGCCAACAAGCUGCUUCCCGACAUGCCGUCUCUGAACCGAUUGAUUUUGCUGGCGCUCGCGUCGGUAGCGUUGGUCGUCUCCGUAGUCGGCGCGACAUUAACGCCCAGAGCACCGAACUUUCAAUACUUCGAAAGACCUAAGUAUAGAUAUCCAUAUUAUGAUGAACAUGGCCGCGGCCGGCUCUUGUACGGUUACGGUGGACCGGACUUGUAUCAAUACAAGUCCUACUCGCCGUUGGAGGGCAUUCAUUGACAACUGCAUUGAAGUAACUUACCAUCACCGCGCCGUCACCGUCUCAGCCAUCACCAUGGCACCGUGAUGGCGGUCUUUUCAUUUCACCCGCCGUUCAGACGUGUCCCAGUAGUUUUCGGUGUUUUAACAUUAAGCGUGUAAUUUUUGUAAACAUACAAAUACACAAUAUCAUUAGACAAAGAAUAGUAUUUUUUUAAAUUAAAUUAAAAAAAAACAAAUUAAAAAAAAUCCUUUUAAAUUUAAUUUAAUAAUAAUGAUAAUAAUAAUAAUAAUGUUGGAUUAUAUAAAAUUAGAAUAUAACUAAGAGAAAUCCUCUGAUGAGGCUCGCUGGUGGUUCGAAUGUUACCAAAAACUGACAGCAGACGCGUUUGCAUUCUUUUACGAGUUUAGUGUAAAUGUUGAAAAAAUCGAUGAAGGUCUUUUAAAAAAAAAAAAAUACAAAGGCCAAUAUCGAUUCUGGAAAUUCGUAAACGAAUAGCCUAAUAGAAAAAAUAACGGUCUGCCGUCCGGUUGUAUCUUAAUAAGUAGAAUCGUAUAUUAUGUUAAAUUUUAAGCAAAAUAAAUAAAACGACGAUAAUCGUAAAUUAUUGGUUUUUGUUUUUGUUUUCGUUUUUUUUUUUUUAUCUAUAUUAUAAUAUACUCUCCCUAUAUAUUCUAAUAAUAAAUAUAAAUACCUAUGCGUAUGAAUAAUUUUAAAACUUAAAUAUACAUAUUAUCUCUUAACGCGUACAUAUUAUAUUAAUAUAUUAUAUACACGCGGUGUAUAUAUUUCGAUACUAUUAAAAUGUCGAUCAAUUAGCUUAAGAGGUAUUGUAAGAGGUCAUUUUUAAUACCUAUAUAAUAUACUAUGUUAGUAGUAAAUAAAAUAUGUAUAAUUAAUUCACCGAGAGACGUCUAAACGGCUUCGAAAUCAAAAACACCGCCACAACGCAAACCAACACACAGUCAUACACAUACCCACACUACACACAUUUACAAUAAUAAUAUUAUUAUUGUCCUGAAAAUGAUCAUAAAAAUAAUAUGAAAUAUGUAAUAUUAUGUAUAUGAGGUAAAAUGUCAAUUGUUAAUUUUAUUAAAAUAAAAAAAAAUUGUUUUUUAUUUUAUUUUUCUGUUUUCUUGAAAUAAGAAAAAAAUAAUUAAACGUUGUUAACCCAUCAAUUUAUUCUAUAUGAAUAGUUGCAUUGCGUGUUAUUAUUGUAAUUAUUUUAAGAAAAAAAAAUGUUUGUGUAAAAAUAUAUAAAUAUAUAAUAUACAAUUUGUUGCAGUUUACAAAAUAAAAAUGAUGUUUACUGAUUA